GAAAAGAUCAUCUCAAAGAGGCUUUCGAUUCCGCAGAGACCACUGAUGAAGUGUUCCGUUUGUUCAAGGAGAUGGAAUUGUCUUUCGAAGAUAACGAGCUAGGUGAGGUGAGGAUCCUGAAAAAGGUUCUUUCUUACGCCGAUAAAGCUCUUAAACACGAUUGA